CAUCUUGCUACAUGUCCUUCUGCUUUUCCUCUGUGCGGUGUGCGUGCGUGCAAUUAUUUUGGAUUUCAAGACAGCAGCUUGCCAGAAUAUUUUAGUUUUACUCACGGAGAACAUACUGUCACAAUCAUAGUAUUACUGCAGUAGAUUUCUGUGUAUAUACUGCAGUAGAUCUACGUUCUCUCUGAAAUCUCUUGCAGCCAUGUCCUACCAACCUUUACAACAGGAUGCUCGAGACUCUCACAUGAAUCCUCCGGUCAACUACGGCAGCGCGGGAGUCACCACGACUGCGACGACACAUACGGACACCGUAUUGCCGCAUACGCGGCUGAGGCCGUCAGGCUGCGCGAGUGGCACCCUAGCUGGCUUUGCCAUCGUGUCCAUCGUUCUCAGCUUCAUCGCGUUCGUCCUGAACGUCAUUCCAGUCGGCAAAGGAAUAGCGGUGUACCAGCUCGGCUACAAGAGCGAGGUUCUGUGGAAGGAACGUCUCUUCGUUCCGGGCAUCUGGUUAGGAGUGCUGGAGGGGGCAGCAGCAGUGUGCGCCCUGGUGUACGGCUGUCAGGCUGCAAAAGCCGGCCGUACCAUCAAGCGGGAAUGCUGUUCGCCAGCAUUCUGUUCGGGCUGGUUCCUGGCCGUGGUGUUUGUAGUGAUGGCUGGGAUUGCUAGUGGUGCGUGCGUAUUAUCUAUCGUCACCGUGGUGGACACCUUCUGGUUCUAUGCCGACGAUACCUGUUUGUCCUUUGACAACACCUGCACUUGUCCACGAUCACAAAUUCGAUUUGAGAAUACGGACUGUGACUUUGCCAGGCAGACCCUACCCAACAUUUACCUGGCUGUGGCAGCCAUAUGCAGUGUGCUCGUGAUCAUUAACAUUGUGAUAUCAUCCCUGUUCUGCGGUGCUCUCUGCUGCUGUUCAACCUCUAUCUUUGUCGCGCCAGAAGACCAUUCGCAGGCAUCUGUGACCGUUGUGAAUACUGCACCAACAGCCGGCAUGCUAGGACCCAGAGCUGGACCUGUAACUGCGUACGCAUACGACCCAACAGGCUCCAAUCCGCCGCGAUACUCCACGGAAAAGGAUCCUAUCCUGGCCAAUCCCGUCUGAUGACAAGAAAACGUACUCGUGGACGUGCAGUCUACCACAUCCUGGUGUCUUUCUACCUUGCCACAAGGACAAUCAGCUGUUCUAUACUUCACCACAUAUCAGUGCCUAUCUAUACUUCACCACAUAUCCGAGUGCCUAUCUACCUUAGAACAAAGUCAAUACAGUAUUCUGUCCUCCACACUCUGCAGUGUCUACGGUACCAUUCCGCUACUCUUUAGCAUCUGAAUGCUUUUGUGUCUGUUUCUGUUGCUUUUCA